UCAACAUCACUAUGGCAUCUCUGUCGUCCAUGACGAUGGGGGUGGAUCAACUCAAAGAGAAAUUCCUUCGCUGUCACAACUGCCGCACUAGCUAUGACAGUGAUGACAAACAUCCACGACUGUUGCCAUGCCUACAUACCCUUUGCUUCAAGUGUGUCAAGGACAAGGUCGCAGACAAGAAGAUUAUGUGUCCCAAAUGCAAGGUUGAGCACAAGACAAGUUCCACUGACAUGAAAGAAUUUCCUCGCGAUGACACCAGGGAGGAUUUGAUGGAUUUUGUCCGGGUACAAGAAGCACCAUCUGAAAUUGCCUGUCAAUCUUGUGGAGAGGAGAGUGUUGCCACUCACAGGUGCCAGGAAUGUGGCGAGUUCCUAUGUAACAAGUGCAAGGAGGCCCACAAGAGGCUAACUUUUACCAAGUCGCAUGAGCUUAUUACCAUGGAGAAAUUGAAGAAGGAGCAGACUUUGGGCCCAUUCAGCCAUCCUCAAAGAUGUUCCCAACACAAUGAGAAGUUUAACCUGUACUGUUCCAAAGUUGAAUGCCAGAAGCCAGUCUGCUAUGUUUGCGUCUUAUGUGAACACAAGGAUAGUGACGGGCACCAGAUUAGCAAUACUGAUGAAAUUAGCAUCAAGAAAAAGCAAGAUAUCUGCAAAGAAAUGGACAACCUGAAGAAAACAGAGGAGAAGGUGACCAGUGUCAUCAGAGAUGUUGACAUUGAGACGACAGCUGUGGGCGAGAAAGGUCGUGAAGUAGAAAUGCAGAUUGAUGCAGCCUUCGAUGGAUACAUAAAGAUUUUGGAGAACCGUCGCGAGGAACUUAAAAACAAAGUAGCAAGCCAUGUAGAUCGGAAGACAAAGAUUCUGGACACCCAGAUGAGCACAUUGACUGCCCAUAGAAAUCAGAUAGAGGAAGCGAUUUACUUCUCUGAUCAGGCUUUAUCAUAUACUAAUUCCUCUGCCCUUCUCAAGAUAGAAAAGACCAUUAUCAAGCGUAUGAGAUCACUCAACUUACAAGCCUUCGACAAGAAGCCACACGAGACUGCUGCAAUUGGUUUCGCACACAAGGGACUACAUGGUGAGAUACAGAAGGACUCCAUCGCCAUGGCAAAUGUGUGGGCCUCUUCAAUCUACCCACCGCAUACUGAGAUAGAGAUUGAGGGAGAUGCCAUUGAGAGUGAGGUUGCAACAUUCUUUGUUUCUACAGCUACCUAUACAGGUGAAAAGUCUGAUGACAAAGCGGGAGUGAUCUCUGCACGUGUAAGGGGACCAAAAGGAACGGAGAAUUUGGCACGGGUAGACAACAGUUUGCCUGGUUCAAAUGAUUGUUACCGCAUCAGCUUUAUUCCUUUCGAGUCCGGUGACCAUGUCAUGGAAAUCCGAGUUAUGGAUCGUCCAAUUGGGACAUUUCCAUUCCAAGUCAUUCCAAACACAGAUAUUAGCAUUUCCAAUAUUCCAGCAGCCAUUCUUCAGAAAGCAAAACGAACCGAGUUUUCUUUUGACCGUGCCCGUGCACAUAGAGAUGUGACUGUCUCCCCUGAUGGCAAGACUUUCCUAAACACUGCAGCAGGCACCGAGCCUCAUGGCGAAAACCCUCUUCAAAAAUACAAGGGUGCCAUUAGCACUGUUCCCUUACCAGCUCCUGGUAGCCAUUAUUAUGAGCUCUAUGUCCGCUACAAGAUUCGUCGCCCCCUUGAGAAAUGCAACCUUGUAUUCGAGAUCGGCUUGGCACGUGGUGGCGUUGUUGAUAAUCGUCACCAUGUAGAAGGCCAGAACUUUGCAUGGUCGCUGAUUGGUGCACACCACAGUGAUUGCGACAGGAUCUGCCUUCACAUCGCUCAUGGCAACCAGUGUAUCUUUCACGACAGUCUGUCCAUGAAUGAGGCUGGAGCUACGAUGAGUCGCAGCUUUGGGUUCAUGGUGGAUACCGACAAACAGGAAUGGAAGAUCUUUGAUUGUGCCAAAGGCGAGCAGAUCUGUGUGAUCGAUGCUGUCGAUGGUUCAGAGCCACUUUAUCCAGUUGUUGCAGGUUACAAUCCCUUCCAGGUUGAAGUUACCAUGAACCUGCGUACCGGAAACGCCAUCAACCAGGAAUAGAACAAGGAUAACAGAUGGUUUUGUGACUAGCUAAGAACACAAGACUGUACCAUAUUUUAACUGUAUAUAAGGAUUCUGAGUAUAUGAUACUGCUUUGAAUAUAUCCUAGAGGUAAUUUUUGCCAGAUCAGCUGACAAUAUAAUUUGAAGGGGAAUUUGAAGCCAAUCUUGCUUAUUAAUUGAUAUGAAAGUCACAAUUUAGAGUUAUGCAUAUAUGAACAUAUAAUCAUUUAUUAUACUUUCAUAGUGAUUAGUCUUUUGGUUAGAGAGAGGAGUGAAGGAUAAUGUAACCUUAGACAGACAAUUUCUGUCUGUGAAAUGAUAAUGUAAUGUCAAUAUUCACAUUUAUUAUACUGUUAUUUAUAUUGACAUUCCCAUUGACUGCGAACAAUCAGAAAUGCAGCUACUGAUAUUAAACUAUCAUUUUAGAGACAGAAGUUUUCAAUCUUACCUAACCUCAGGUGAAGAUCUGAGGUAUGUGGUUCAUCGCAGUUUGUGUUUCUCAAAAAGAUGAGGAACGGAUUGGUGCUGAUGUAGCUGUGUCCUUUGACAAGACACUUUACCAAAAUUGCUCUGAUUGACAUUCAAUGGGCCUCCCGUAUGUUGUUCAGUGAGGUAGCCACCGGCUACUGAUGGAAAAACUGCCUUAAAAUGACCCAGGCUGUUCGGAGGGCACUAAACCAACAAACAUCUUUAAAGACCUUGUCUGAGGCAGGUGUCUGGAGUUGUCAAACUUAUAAGUAUCACUGAACUUGUCCAGUUUUUACGUUCAUCACAGUUGUAUAUUGAUUUCACUCAAGAUGAAGAAGUUAUGCCAACCGGUAAAUAGAGUUUGAAUUUUAUAAGCAGUUUAUCUGCUGAUGCACAUUCAAUAUCUUAUCAUUUUCGGGAUCAAUUUUUUUGUUAACAAGGUAAAGUGUUAUAGCCAAUACAGUGUAAGCUUACUUUGUAAAUCGCAAAAAUUAUCAUUUUAACGUUUUUUAAGGCAUUACAAAUACUGAUCAUUUUGCUCCAGUUCUCUCCCUUGUCAUUUCCAUUCAGUUCACAUAUUUGGUUGAAUAGAUUUAGUUACACAACAUCUUGUUUUUCUAUAAUAAAACUAAUGAAAUAAAAACAGGUUUUUCAACCCAAUCAUGCAUCAAUAUUUUGCACAAGAAUAUUGCUUCAUUUCCUCAUGACGUUUCUAUCAUGAGCUAAUAACAUAAAUUAAUUCCUGUUCACAAGGGCAGAUAACUCUGCAUUAUGAAAAGACAUAACAUGCAGUUGUCAUUUGAAUUAUCUCUUCUUUUUUUGAACUGAAUGUAUUAACUGAAUGGCCAUUAUAUUUUAUGCUGAAAUCAAAUUUGCCAUUAUCAGCAACACAAAUGUUUAGUUUCUUGUAUAUCCUAUAUAAAAAAAACCCCACAUUCUUCCAAGUUUAAAACUUCUUAAGCCAUCCACAAUGAAGACAAAUCACCCAACGCUCCCUAUGCUUCAGACCACUAAAUACACCAGACGAAUCAGUAAUGACAACACUGGUGGUAAUGUUGAUAUUAAACAUCUCCUUUUUGAAGUAUGGUGUAUAAACAUGCAACUUCGUUGACAAUACUUCUCAAAUAAAUUGGCCGACAGAAGUAACAUUUUUCUUUUACUAUUCAAUAUGUUUUUUACUUAAAAAUUUGUUUAUAUCUUAAUAUUUUUUUUGUGUGGAACAAAAUCAAUUGAAUACUUCAUAUAUAUUUUUGUAAGUUCUUGAAUAUGAAAUUUUCUUUGUUAUGGUUUUCCGUGGUGAUGUGAAGUUUACGUUACUUAUGGUUUUCCAUGGUGAUGUGAAGUUUACUUUAAUUAGCAUAUACAUUUUUUUUACACAAGUUACUGACAAAUGCUGUGUUUUACUGCAUAAUGGUGUAAACCCUGAUAAGAAAGUUAACUUACCUUACUUGUAGUCCAAACUUGUAUGCUUUGUAAGACUUUAUAGCAUUUGUGUCAGUACUACAUUAGAUAGUUCUGUAUACAAUGUAUUUCAAAAUCCUACUAUUUUACCUGUUGUAGUAGAAUAAUCUUUAGUUGAAUUACACUGAAUAUAUAAUGGCAAUU